AUGCACUUGAUGUACACUUUGGGCCCGGACGGCAAGAGAAUCUACACGUUGAAGAAGGAGACGGAAACGGGCGAGAUCACAAAGUCGGCCCACCCGGCCAGAUUCUCGCCAGACGACAAAUACAGCAGACAGAGAGUGACGUUGAAGAAGAGAUUUAAUAUGUUGCCUACCCAGAAGGAGUAG